AUGUUUGCUAUUAGUUCAUCAACUUGUUUUGUUGAUGAAUGGAAUAACAUCAGAACUGACUCAAUACCCAAUCAACAGAGACACAGAGAAUGGAUUGAAAUGGGUAUUGGGAAGAGAAACUACUUGUUUCAUGAAUCAUUCGCAUUAUUGGGUGCUUUUGUAUACAUAGAUCAGAUUAUUGUCACCUUAACCGCAGAAAAUCAAUUCAACAAGACAGUAUACUGUCGAUAUUAUGACUGUCGUCGAAAAGAGAUUCCUGAUCAAUUCGAGUCGGUUGUCUACCCGGAAUCAACUGUAUUCUGUGCUCGUCGUCCAGGGGCGAAGUAUAUUUCUAUAUCUGAAACGUUGGAAGAAAUUCCAGAAUACUCAGUUCCGAUUGUUCCAAGAGUAGAAAAACCUCCUCACUACUUCACAGUUUGUAUGGCAACUUUGUAUGGAGAUGAACCGAAAUUUCUUCAAAUCGUAGAUUUCAUCGAGUAUUAUAAACUACAAGGAGCCACUUUCUUCCAUAUUUAUUUGAGAAAUGUGACAGAUUACGAUCGAGUUUUGCUGGACGAUUAUGAUUGUCAUCAUCGAAACAAAUACUUUUCUAAAUGGACGGCAGUUAUUGAUAUUGAUGAACGAAUUGAAAUGAGGAGUGACUCUUACAGAACAAUUACUAAAUUUUUGGAUUCGAUCCAUGACCCCAACAUUGUCAAUCUCCAUUUCAAAGUGCAAUGGGUCAUCAAAGAUUCUAAUAGUCCCGCCAAAUACGAAAACGAUCAACAAUUAUUAAAAGAAAUGAUAUUCCAUAAAUAUCAAAACCUGUCCCAAAUAGGAAGUUUUUGGAAUCAACCGAAAUGUAUCAUUCGUCCAGAAAAGAUUGGAGCAAUGUCCAUUCAUGCUCCAUUGGUUACUUAUUCUGGAAUCAGAAGAUCUCUCGUAAAUGAGUCAAUUGGAGUUGUGAGACACUAUCGAAAUGUCGAGCAGCGAGUAUUUGCUGGUGCACUUAAUAGAAUGAUGAUACAUGCUCCAUUCAAUAUUUCCCCAGUUGCUAAAUGGAUGGAUGAGCUGUUAACCAAUGCGAUUCUGAAUCGAGUGAAAUGGAUAUAUGACAUUGUCAAUGUAUCUUGUGAUCAGAAGCAGGAGACUUAUCAGAAACAUGGAGGAAUAAACGCGUCGUGUUGGGUUCAGCAACAGAAUAAUAACAGUAUUUUGAAAGUUUAG